UCGCUAAUCAAACAGGUUGUAAACAAAACACUGAAAAAUAGCAACAGUUUAGUAAAAAUUUAGAACUACUCCUGCAUGCCCGAGUUAAAAUGCGUUUCCACAUGAAGAGCGGCAGCGAGGACAACGACAUUGUGGCGGCCACAGCCACCGCCGAGCACAUCCGCAAGUUCGUAUUCAGCGGUUCGCCCGCCGAGCGACUGGAGAUCAAGAUACCCGAGCUACUCCAGGGAGCCUACUCCUUCUACACGUGGCCCUGCGCCCCAGUGCUCGCCCACUUUCUGUGGGAACGUCGACAAACGCUGGCGGGGAAGCGGAUCCUUGAGCUGGGCAGUGGAACCGCUCUGCCCGGCAUCCUGGCCGCCAAGUGCCGCGCCCAGGUGGUCCUGACCGACAACUGCAUCCUGCCCAAGUCGCUGGCCCACAUCCGCAAGUCCUGCCUGGCCAAUCAGCUGCAGCCGGGCGUGGAUAUCGAUGUGGUGGGCCUCAGUUGGGGCCUUCUGCUAAAUAGCGUGUUCCGGCUGCCGCCACUGGACCUCAUCAUCGCCGCCGACUGCUUCUACGAUCCCAGCGUCUUUGAGGACAUCGUGGUCACGGUGGCCUUUCUGCUGGAGCGAAACGCGGGCGCCAAGUUCAUAUUCACCUACCAGGAGCGCAGCGCCGACUGGUCCAUCGAGGCGCUGCUCAAGAAGUGGAAGCUGCAGGCGCUGCCCAUCAGCAUGGACGAGAUUGGCAAGGAGUCGGGCGUGGAUGUGCUGGAGUUCAUGGGCGGACACACCAUUCACCUGCUGGAGAUCACGCGCGUUGACAGCGGCGGUGGGCCAAUAAAUGCUAUAUAAGAAUUAUA